UAGUAGGCGUGGGUGGUUUUAAAAUUUCUCUUUGACGCACCUACGCAUACCAAUAUAUAUGCGUACGAGCAGUUGAAUGAAAGAUACCCGGAUACUAGGUUGUGUUGAAAUUCAAGCGUCAAAGAAAUGUUUUAAAAUGGGAAGAAAAUCCGUGAAAAUAUUUUUGGUUUCAUGUUUAGUGAUUAACAGUUAUCAGUUCAGAGCACACCGGCUGAUUAUAGAGUCAAAUACUAAUGAAGGAGCUGAUUCAGCUGAUAAAACAGAAUUUAAUCCGAUUUUCAGGCCUAAUGUGAAGGCUGUCUGGGCAGACGAAAUAAAAACCGAAGAAUUACCGUCCAGUUGGAAAUCCACAGAGAAAAACAGAAAAUCCGCGAAAAUAAAUAAUCCAACUGUACACAGUUUAGAAGCGUAUACAGGAGUUUUUGACGAAGAUUCAGUAUCAGGAUAUGUUUACGAUGCCCCUUUUCAGAUCUAUAGUCCGGAAAAUUCCACAGUUCAAACCUUACAGAAUAGGAUAGCACAUAACAAGGGAAAUUUGGAACAAGCUUAUAACAGAAAUCAAGCUCAAAACAGAGAUCAAUCUCAAUUCAAAAUCAAUGAAGGAGAAAAUACAAGAGAUCAGGCACAAAUCAGAGAAGAAACUCAAAACAAUGAUCUACCGGAUAAGAAGAAAGAGAAGAAAGUAGAAGAUAAUGAAAUAUUGAGUAGACAAGAUAUGGUGGAGACCAGGCAAGACUCAGUCGACCAACCAUCAAUUUUAAAGUCCAAGAACCGACAACUGGAAAUUAUCGCGUUUCCAGUUGGAAUUGCGAUUGGUUCUGUUGGGGCUCUACUUUGGCCAACCUUGUUUCCGGCAACAACAACCACAACGACAACAGUGGCUCCAAUUGUGGCAUUGGCGGAAACAGGAACAUCGGGAUCAUCGGGUACAUCGGGAACGUCAGGAUCAUCAGGUACAUCGGGAUCAUCAGGGUCAUCUGGAACUAUUACUGACACUGAUGGAGCCAUAGUCAUAACUGGUGAUACCACAACCGAAGCAGCUAAACCAACUCCAGCGCCACAGAGAGACUUCUUGGAAGAUUUCCCUGACUGCGGAGAGAAAGGGAGUGCGUCAAGGGUUGUUGGAGGGACCGAGAUAACUGAAAAUGAAUAUCCCUGGCUCUGCUCCUUGAAGUAUAAGGGUUUUCAUAUUUGUGGAAUAACUUUACUCUCCGGACCUCCUCAUGAUACAAUUCUAGUCGGGGCAGCUCACUGCUUCUCUGUAGGAGACACAUUCUCAAACUAUAAGGGUCAAAGAGUGCAAGUGAAGGGCAUACCUGAUGUAGCUAGACAUGCAUCUGUAACUGUCACCAACUGUGAAGACGCGGAUAAUUUUGAAUAUCCUAAAGGAUUAAUCUGUGCUUCGGAACCAGGAAAGGAUUCUUGCCAAGGGGACAGCGGAGGACCUCUGGUUGGAACAGCGCAUAAAUAUUCUGAUGCAAAUACUAAACGAUAUUCUUGGAUAGGAAUAGUUAGCUUCGGAGUUGGUUGCGCGGAGGUUGGGUAUCCUGGAGCCUACACGAGAACAUCUUGCUUCCUCGGCUUUGUGGCCGAAAAGUUUAAUCUAAAAUCAGAUUUUUCGGCGGCCGGCGGGAACCCCAGCUGGUCAACUGAUUGUCCUGAAGGCGCGAGCAGCAGACAAUCCGCCAGACAUAAAAGCUGGUAUAGAGGGAAUGGGAGACCUCGAAGCUCUGUUAGAAAAGGAUCUCGGAAAGACACUAUAAACCCCGUCUCUGAAGAGAAGACCGAACCUAAACCUACAGUAUCCAGUAAUAACACGGAUUCAACUACCGAGAAAUCUCCUCAAUACUUCCCAAAGGAAAACCUUGUUACUAUUCAAGAUUUUGAACCAGAGAAGAAAGAGGAGCAAACAAAAGACGAAACUAAAGCAAAACAGACGAAAAAACAGAAGAUAAGUAAACGGAAACAGAAGAAUAAACGAAAAAACCAAAACAAAAUGAAAAUAAUCCAUGUAAAUUAGCCAUUUUCUUGUCCUACAAUCCUGGUGAUAGAAAUAAAAGUAUUAGGUAUUAAA